AUGGCGCAGAUGGACGACUCUCUUCUUGGAAAUCGGCGACAGUGCCGGGCAGGUCUGCUUCUGUGCUUGCUGGCUAUCCUGAGCAGUCCAUGCCACGCCUCGCCCCGGUCAUCCUAUGCGCUCUUUCACCGUCUGGGCCCGGCAUUGGCCAGCGCAAACUCGAGCACGCCGGUGACGGCGCCGACGGGCGGAGGAUGGCAGAAACGGGCGGUCUUGGAGAUCGCGUCGGCGGCCGAAGUCCGCACGGCCGACCCUGUGGACCAGCCGCUCCAAUUCACCGUCGCCUCCUUCUCGAAAUCCGCCGAUCCGCUCGUCAUCCCCGCCGCAGACGACGCAGCCCUGCCGCUCGAGGCUUGGGAAUACCAGAUCAGCCUCGUGCCCCUCGACUCCCUCGAGCUCCCGGGCGAAGGCGGCCAUCCUGAUACGGGGUUCGCAAUCAGCUCAUUCCCAUUGUGUGCGUUUCUUCAGGACGAUUUGGAUUCGAAGAGUCCGUUGAGCGAAUAUCUAAACAUAUGGGUUCGGCCGAGCUCGUCCGGAAAGGAGGCAUCGCCAUUGAGCCACAACCUGCAACUAGAUCUCCUCGGCAUACAAUGGUCGUCGUCCCUGUCCACCUCUCCUGCCGUCACCUGCCGUCCAUCCUCGGCGGCCACCCCGCAUCAGACCGAUAUCCUGCUGCGGUCGAAGCUGGAAGCCUUGGCGCUUAACCAUCGCCACUCGCACAUGAAAGUCUCUGUCCGAAGGCCCGAAAGAUUAUCCGAGCCGAUCAUGAACCCGUAUCCGGUCGCCAAACCGCCCGAGUUCUUGCCCGAUGGGUCCGUCAAGCCUCCGCCUCCUGAGAAAGGCUGGCUGGCUAAAUACUGGAUGUAUAUCCUGCCCGUCGUCGUCAUGCUUGUUGUCGGCGGCGGGCCGCCGCCGCCUGAAGAAGCUGCCGAUCAGCAGCAGGCCGCUCCCGCUGUACGAGCCAAUUAA